AUGCCUCCGCCGCCAGAGGGCAAGAGAGCCGCCGUGGCCAGCGGCGGGGACAUCAUCAGCACCCUCCAGGACGAUCUCCUGAAGCACAUCCUCUCCUUCCUCCCGGCGCCGCAGGCCGUGCGGACCUGCGUGCUCGCCCGGCGCUGGCGCCAUCUCUGGAAGACCGCCACGGGCCUGCGCAUCACCGGCGGCGGCUACGACCAGGAGCCGACGCCCGUCCACGACCUCCGCGAGUUCGUCAACCACCUCCUGCUCCUCCGUGCGGGGGCGCCUAUCGACACGUGCGAGCUCAGGUUCGACGUGGUCUCCGACGACGACGUGCCCCGCGUGAGCCUCUGGAUCCGGCACGUUAUACUGUGCCGAGUCAGGCUGCUCCGGCUCGCCAUCUCUCGGGAGAGCCAUGACUUGGGUGUUUACUUCUACGUAGACAACCUGCCCCUUGUCUCUCGAAAUCUGAGGAUCCUAGAGCUUAUUGAUACAGGGUUAAAUGACAGCUUUCUUGAUUUUGCUGCCUGCCCGGCACUAGAAGUUCUGGUAAUUUACAAUGGCAGCUUCGUCCACGUCAGGAAGAUCUCUUCCAACUCUCUAAAACGCCUGGCCAUCAUUGAUAGCAGUUUCAACCAACAUAUCCGUACUCGUAUCUGUGUUCCAAGCCUCGUCUCGCUGCGGCUAGAGGACAACUGGGACAGGACUCCCGUGCUUGAGAGCAUGCCGUUGUUGAUGGAUGCAUUCGUCAUAUUUAUCAAAGAAUCUGUGGAUAGAUGUUUUUAUUCUGACUCCUGGGAUUGUCACAAUGAGCACUGUCAAGGUUGUUACGAUCUACAAGGUGUUAAUUCUGAUGAAUGCGUUCUUCUUAAAGGUUUAUCAGAAGCUGAGAAUUUGACAUUGAUAGAUGAACAUGACACGUUUAUUUUCAGAAGGGAUUUGAAAUGGUGCCCUACAUUUAGUAAGUUAAAGAUUUUGAUACUCAAUGAAUACUGGUGUGUGUCUACUGACUUCCGGGCACUAGCUUGUAUUCUUGAACACUCGCCAGUUCUCGAGAUUCUCACUCUUCAUUUAUUUUCCAAGGGACCAAAACAUAAAGUAGAAAUAAGAGGAUGUUGCAAUGCAGUGGAGAGCUCAUCUGCAAUAUCAGAACACCUUAAGACAGUCGAAGUCAAAUGUAACUUGGUUGAUGUGGAGGUUCUGAAAAUUUUGAAGUUCCUUGGUACACUUAACAUUAGUUUUGAGGAAGAGAACACCUUGGUCGAAGACAGAUGGCCUAUUUCAUCUUAAUUACCAACAAAAGAACACUCUUUGCAGCAGUGACAAGGCUGCUAUCUUUUGUCUGUGGUUGUCAUGUUGGUUUGACUCCGUGAAGUAUCUUAGACUUAGUAUCAUCUAGCUGGACCAGGGUUACUCCGUGUUGUGUUGAUUUAUCUUGCUGAAG